UUUGACGUAAUGAAAAACAAAGAAGGGCAUGCUGGUUGACGUAGCCGUUAGCUUUAACUUCAUAAACUUAUUUUUCCUUGACCUGCCCAGAAGGAGGUGAGAAAGUAACGUUAUGGAAACAUGUCUGCUCUGCUGACGAUCUUAGUGAGCGCUCUCGCAGCUUAUGUCCUGAUUUACUACAACGUGUUCAGAGGAUCCAGGUGCAGAAGCAGAGCCACACUGAAGGGGAGGACAGCAGUUGUCACCGGGAGCAACACCGGCAUUGGGAAGGCAACAGCUCUGGAUUUGGCCAAGCGAGGAGCCAGAGUUAUUCUCGCCUGCCGAAACCGGGAGAAAGCAGAGGCAGCUGUCUAUGACAUUAGGAGGGAAAGCGGGAACACGGCAGUGCUGUUUAUGCAUCUGGACUUGGCGAGUCUGAAGUCUGUGCGCACUUUUGCUGAGACCUUUUUGAAGACUGAGCCCAGACUGGAUCUACUCGUCAAUAAUGCAGGCGUGAUGGGACCAGGCAGGACUGAGGACGGCUUUGGCCUGGCGUUUGGGGUCAACCACCUGGGCCACUUCUUGUUAACCCUGCUGCUGCUGGACCGGCUGAAGGCAUCAGGGCACAGUCGAAUCAUCAACGUGUCAGCCCUGCUGCACCGCCUAGGCUCAGUGGACUUCAACACUCUCAACACGCACAAAGCCCUGGUGACAGGACAGUCCUCUUGGCACUGCUUCAGGGCCUACUGCCACAGCAAGCUCUGCAAUGUGCUCUUCACCCGGGAGCUCGCCAACCAUCUAGAGGGGACAAGUGUCACCUGCUAUAGCCUGCAUCCUGGAGUGAUUGCUACUGAUCUUGUACGUAAUAUGAGCCUGUGGCUGUGGCUGCUGAUGCUGCCCUUCUCCAAGCUCUUCUUCCUUGACUCAGAGGGGGGCGCUCAAACCACACUGCACUGCGCGCUUCAGGAUGGUCUGGAGCCUCUGAGUGGACGUUACUUCUCCUCCUGUGGCCUGCAGGAGGUCAGCGCAGCUGGACGUGAUGAUGCUUUGGCCAGGAAGCUGUGGGAAGUGAGUGAGAGGCUGUGUGGCCUGUCAUGAAAGUGAGGUAUGAGGGGCAUAGAAGACCUUCACUAAAGGAAGUGACUCCAGAUGCCUUUUGAAGGAGAGACAAAUGGCUGAUUACUAGGAGUUUUUUAAUGACUGCUGGAUGCUUAGUGCCAUAACAUUUUUAAUAAUUUGUCUGUCUGAUGAACUACUAAGGGUUACACAAAGAGAUUUUCCACCAUUGCUAUUUUCCGUUCUCUUAUAUGUUAAGCUGUUAUAAUAACUAUACAGUUCCAGAAGUUCAUUAUGUUUGUGAUUUAUUCAGUAGAAUUGUAUUUAAUAUUAAUUAAAUCAUUAAUUAUUGUUUCAAAUUAUGUAAAGAGUGUUACAGAGAGAAGGUGAUUACUCAUAAGUUCAUUCAUUCAUGUUGUCUUACAGUUUAAUGUGAAAUGUUUCAUGCCGUUCUCUUCGACUGGCUGGCUCUUUUUUUGGAAUUUCUUGCAUAGUAAUUGAACUUGAACAUGUUACCUUGUGUUUCAAAUAAAUCCUGAUCAGAACUGAUGAUAUUACAAGAGCUA